AUGGCCGAUGACGCAGCACCACAAGCGGAAGCGCCAGAACCUACUGCCGAGCCGAACGCGGAUGCCGCAAACGAGCCGGCGCGUGCGAUACCGCAGCCGCGCCCGACGGCCUGGGUCACGGGCGGCGGCGCCCUGACCUACGCGCGGCCGGUCCCGGACGUGGACGAGGCCUCCGCGGACGCCGAGCUACACUCCGCGCGGGCAGCCGCCACGCCGACCGCGGACGACGACGCCGACGACUCGCGGGAGGGACUGGACGACGAUGCCACAAGCACGGACAGCGACACGGACAGCGACGGCGACGAGGCGGCCUGGGCCGCCGCCGAUGGGUUAACAGAAGACCACCGCGCGUUGCGGGUCCAGGGCCUCGCGUGGGACGGCGUUCCACAAAAUAGGCGGCGACGCGUCUGGCUGGAGCUCUCCGGAGCUUCAAGGAGGGCGGGCGACCCCACGGUGCCUCCUGACGAGCUGCGGCGGACGACGGAGGAGCUUGAGAGUGUCGUAGGGAGUCGCGUCGCCGCAGAUGUCAAACUCGACUGUGGACGGGGCGGCGGCCGGACGAAUAGUCGAGAGCGCCUUGUGCUGCGGAGGGUGCUCCUCGCCGUCGCCGCGAAAUACCCGGCGACGGGCUACGCCCAAGGGUUAAAUGUGGUCGCCCAGACGCUCUUGGAAUCUGUUGGUUGUGAAGAGUCUAUCCUCUUCUGGCUCCUCGCGGAAUUAGUUGAUGGGAGAUUAAAAGGAUGGUGGGCCGGCGACUUCUCCGUGUCGUUGGGUUCAAUAGCGUCGGCGCUGGGCAAGUGGUCCGCGCUGAACGGCGAGGACGAGUGCCUGCCGUCGUUUGCCACCACCUGGGCGCUGUCCCUCUUCGGCCAGCACGCGGGGAAGCCGACGCCCAAACCUUUCAGGAGGGCCUGCCUCGACGCGAUAUUGUGUUCGAACGAGGGCGGCGUGCAAGCCGUCCUCGGGAUUGCAUUGGCGGCCGCGGACGUCGUACAAAGGUGUCCCUCAGAAGACAUGGUCGGGCGGGGCUUGGCCGUCGCGCGGGCCUUCUCAAAUGAAAGACGCCAGGUGCUCCUCGAAGCGAGUCGCCUCGCGCGGACGGCGCUCGUCGAGGUCGAGCCGAACCAAUUGUUGUUUGACGCGCCGUCGGAGUUCUUCUGGUUACAUACGGCGCGGCGCGUCGCCGAGGCGCGACUGGCACCCGUCGAACAAGCUGUUGAGACCGCGGCUCCAUCAUUAUACGCGACGACCGCCUCUGCCAGAAAGGCAGCGGACCGCAGUCUCGCCCACGACGAGAAGCCGCUGCUGCUGAUUCUUGGAGACGCUUCAUCAGCGGACGCCUGCGCCUACGUGGCGGCGGAGCUGCUCGGCGUCGACAACGAGCGAUCGCCGCCGGUGGAGGAAACGGACGAGCCAAGCUGUAACCCGGGCGCGGCCCCCGGCAACGUGCGCUACCGCUGGGGCGACGCCGCGAUCGACUCCGUUUCGUCCUUCGGCGUGCCGGUGCGCUCGCGGCCGACGGCCGCGCUCCGGCGCGUCGACGCGGCCGUCGUCGUCGACGCCGAGGUCGCGCAGAAGUUACUCGCCGAAGCAGACGGCGUCAUCUUCGUGAUCGACGCGUCGGCCGAGCUGCCAACGCCUGCGUGGAAACCAACCCGUGAUUGUGUGCCGCUGAUAUUUGAUUUCCACACAGGUCGACGCCCUGGCGCCGGCAGAGCGCGCCCGUCGAGCGGGCCGCCUUCGCUUCGAUGGACGCGGGCGGGCCCCAAGUCCGCGUCGUCUGCGUGACGACGGGCGCCGGCGACGGCGACGACGAGGUUGCUAACCACUGGAACGCGCGCGGGACCCAGGCCGCCUUCCGCACAGCGGGCACGGCCCUCGCCGCCGCGGGCGCGCGGACCGCGCGGCCGCUGCCGGCCUUCGGGGUCCUCGGCGUCUCCUCAAAAACGACGCGUGCCGAACUGCGGGCCCUGUCGAAGCUCGUCGACGGCCUGCCCGCGGCGUGUGCCGAGAAGGCCGUCGCGGCGUUACUGGCGCGCUGCGAUUGCGUGAGGGCGGUCGCGACGACGCUCGACGCCCUCGCCGCGACGCCGCCGUCGCGGCUCUACCGGUGGAGCAGCGCGCUGAUCGGGCUCGUGACGCCGGAGACCGUCGCGCCGAUCCUAGACGAGGCCUCCGCCUACCGCGCGAUGCCGGACGACGCCCGGCCGCCGCUCGCCGCGUCGGCGGCGGCGUGGGAGGGCCUGGAUGGCACUCGGUUGGCGGCUUGGGCCGACGCUUCACCAGCGCGGAAGCGCCUCGACCGGGCCCUCGACGUCGAGGCGCCGGCGAUGCUCCGGGCGGCGCAGAAGCGCUGAUUUUGUGUAGUUGUCCUAGGUAUGAUGUCGUGU